AGGAAUGGUAGAAAGAGAGCAGUAGGCAAUGGGAGUGGUUCAGAGUUUUACUCAGGGUGGUUCUGAUGGUUUCCGGAUAAUUUGCCAGUAGGAACUCAAUUGAUUCUAGGAUUCUACAGAAUCCCACCAAGGGAGGGCCCCAAAGUCAGUCCUAACCUAACCAUGGAGUACCAUAACACCCACCUAUUUCUUGGGGAGGUGUGGGAGACGGUAAGGGAGGGAGACAAAUCAAGACUGGACUGAGCAGCAGUCCUCUCUUCCCAUUGUCUUGACCCUUGGCAGACUAUCAUCGCUGGGUUGCCCCUGACACAGUCUCCCUCACUCCCUAUUUGGAGUAUCCUGUACCCUCCGUGACUCUACCCCCCUCAGACUGGGCAUGCUCAGUAGCUGGGCAGGCUCGGAUCGCCCAGUGGGAAGCCUUUGCACGCCUCGUGCCUCUGUCGGCUCCCUCCCCGCCAGGAGCCACCCAGGUUGCAGCCCAGCGCGGCUCUCCUCUGCCUGACCCAGAUUCUCGCCCCCGCCCAGCUAGUCUGGAUCCAGUGCGGUAUCUGAGGCGGCUGCUCUUCCCGUGCCUCAGGCGCCCGGUGACAGAGUUGUUCUUUGCUGCUGCCACCGCGGAGACAAGCCAGCUGCUUAUAGAAGGCAGCGGGCGGGUGUGAAGGCUCAAGAGGUUGGGGAAAGAGGGAUGGAGACAGGGCUGCCACUCUAUGGGACUAGUUUAACCAGCAGCCACCUCCAGAACACAGCUUAAAUAAGCUUUUGCCCAAAAGAAUUGGCAAGUGAUUAUUUGAAGAAGAUUCUGUACAGCAUCUGGAAAGUCACUAACGCCAAAAUGAAGCACUUCCUGAGGAUGUUGAUCCAAAUUUGCGUGUAUUUUUACUGCAAGUGCCUGUGGCGCUGUAUGAAAUUCGUGGUGAGGAAACUAACAGGACGGUGUGAGCUACAAAGAAUCUGUUACAAUAACAAGCCAGGAGCCGGCAGAACCAUGAAAAUAGAAUCAUCACUGAGGGAUUCAAAAAGUAAGCUGUUGCAGACUUCAGUAAGUGUUCACCCUGAUGCUAUUGAAAAGACUGUCGAUGAUAUCAUGGAACUGAAAAAAAUCAACCCUGACAUAAAUCCACAGUUGGGGAUCUCUCUCCAGGCUUGUCUUCUGCAAAUUGUAGGAUAUCGAAACCUCAUUGCAGAGGUUGAAAAGCUGCGCAGAGAACCAUAUGAUUCAGAUAAUCCCCAACAUGAAGAAAUGCUUUUGAAGUUAUGGAAAUCCUUGAAGCCUGAUACUCCUCUGGAAGCUCGGAUUUCUAAGCAGUGGUGUGAAAUUGGUUUCCAAGGUGAUGAUCCUAAAACAGAUUUUCGAGGGAUGGGACUUCUGGGACUGUAUAAUUUGGAGUAUUUUGCUGAAUGGGAUGUCGUAACAGCUCAACAGGUCCUCUCUGAUUCCCUUCAUCCAAAAUACAGGGAGGUCACAAAAGAAGAAAUAAGCAAAUUCAGCAAAGCAGAAUGGGAAAAGAAAAGGUUGGAUAAAGCAAUUGGGUACUCUUUUGCCAUUGUGGGUAUCAAUAUCACUGACCUGGCCUAUAACCUGCUGAUUAGUGGCGCUCUGAAAACCCAUUUCUACAAUGUUGCACCAGAAGCCCCAACUUUGUCUCACUUCCAGCAAACGUUCUGCUAUUUGAUGCAUGAAUUUCAUAAAUUUUGGAUUGAGGAGGAUCCCAUGGAUAUUAUGGAGUUUAAUCGUGUGCGGGAAAAAUUCCGCAAGAGGAUCUUAAAACAGCUGCAGAAUCCAGACAUGGCACUAUGCCCCCACUUUGCUGCCUCAGAAGGUUUAAUCAAUAUGUAGUCAUUCACUAUUACUCUACUGGAAAAUACUGGAACACUGCCUCACUAUUGUGUUAGCGCUCUGCUUCCGUCACAACUCUCAUACUGAAUGAACAUGGCAAUUGUAUGCAUGCUUUUUGGUGCAGUAUUUUUUAUCUAUUUUGGUUAUUAUAUGUAUCAGAUCACCAGAUGCUAUUUCUGGGGGAUCUGCCAUCAAGUUUGUGCUCAUAUUGUGGCAAUUUGCAGUGUUACAUCUUGACAUCCAGGAAUGAAGAGAGUUUUUUCUAUUUUUUUAGAUUAUUUCCCCCCCCCCUCAUAAUUCAGCAUUGAAGAAUUGUAUUUCUCUAUAUAGCUGUGUUUUGUAUAUGUGAAUAAUUAGCUAAAUCUUGUACUGUGAACGCCUUUUAACUUAUUGAUUUUAUUUUUGACUGCUGCUAUUGGCAUUUCAAGCCAAGUCCAUGCUUGGGCCUCAUCCCAGUGAAGUAUAUCACUUUAAUGUAAUGCAGGUAGACACAUGAUAAGCCAAACUCUUUUCCUUGCAAGCUUAGUUGUGCUUCAUGAAAAAUGUAAUGAGGCUUACCAGAUGCAAGCUUUUGUAUAGGCUACUUGUUCAAAAGAAGGCUGAACUCCAUUGUGACUUCUCCUAGUCAUGAUCCAUGUCAAAGCCAUCUAAAUAUCAAAUUAUCUUACUCCCAUUACUUCAUUGGCUGAGAGUCCUAAAUCCAUCUGUGAUGCCUGAACACUAACAAAAGAUGUCCCUUCCAAAGGAUUUUUCCAUUGCCUGACUCCUGUUGACACUUGGGCUAAGUCUACAGCCUGGUUCUGAUCCAUCUGGGGAACUGAGUGCUGAGUGGGAUGGCUUACUGUGUGUUUCAGGAGAGAACACACACAAAUAUCAUGUGUGGAAAUUGGUGGCAAAGGAGAAACCUAAAAGAUUCUCUUUUUCCAGUUUUUGCUUUAAAAGUUUGAUCCUCUUUCAUGGAAUGUUCCUUAGAACUGAGGAAAAAAGGUUACCAGACUGGUAACAAUGAAAGGAGAACAAAAGUAAAAUCAUUUGAAAAAACAAAACAAAACCACCAACCCCUUCCCAUUUAGUUUGGAAUGAUGACUGUUUAAUCUGUCAACUAGUGUUUACCAUGGCAUUUCAUACCCAUGGUAUUUUAUACCUUCUAUCAAUUUUAGUAUUAGAAGUUUGUGUAAUCACUGGCAUAUUAAAAAUGACUUUUGAGUACUGACCAAGUAGUUGUCAGUUAUGUGAAUAAAUGACAUGUCAUUCUAAAAGA